AUGGGAAGAAAAGCCGAUCUUACUAACGAUGACGAUGAUGAUGCUAUGCACCAAUCACCUUCAGGUCUAGCGCGAUUAAUUCCGAACUCGACGAAACACGAAUCUCAGCUGAAUAAUUCUAAUAGUCAUCAUCGAAGUUGCGAUGAGAAUCGAUUGCACGACGAUGGCAAUGAUCUACUCAUUCAUGAUACAAUUCUUCCACAUCGAAAACGUGUACGAAAAGAUACGUUGCAAUAUCUUCAGCCUCAACAGUCGACAACGUCAUCAUCUGAAAUCUUAGAUGAUGAAAACAGUCAUCGUCAUAAUUCAAGGAUUAGUGAAGUGGAUGGAUUAUGUUCAACCGAUGCGGCUCAGAUCUCCUCAUUUCAUCAACAGAACCAACUCGCAGCGGCCGCUAAUGGUCUCCUAAGUCUUUCGAAUUCGUUGAUGAUUAACAACGAAGAUAAUCCCACUGAAUGUCAUUCGAAUUCUUUAAUGAAUGAUGGAACAGCGAAUGGAACUAUGUCGUUAAUAUGCGGCGUUUGUCAAGAUCGAGCGUCGGGGAAACACUAUGGUGUUCUAUCAUGUGAAGGUUGCAAAGGAUUUUUCAAGCGAAGUAUUCGUAAACAAGUUCUAUAUACAUGUCUUGGAACGAAAGAAUGUCCAAUAAAUAAGUUUAUGCGAAAUAGAUGUCAAUACUGUCGAUUGCAGAAAUGUCUUCAAGUUGGUAUGCGUAUUGAAGCUGUUCAAAAUGAACGGCGACCUUCAACAACAAAUACGAAUAAACAUGAUUUGAUGCUGAAUAGUAUUCAUAAUCAAAGAUUAAGAAAAUCAAAUGACCCAUCAUCACUACUGACUUCCUCUUCGAAUGGAAUUUAUCCAUUAACGUCAUUAUUAGCGAAUUUAACUAAUAGUCGUGAUAAUACCAUUCAGAUGUCAUCAAAUGAUCAUAAAAAUCAACAGCAACAAAGCACCCUUCAUAGUAUUCUUACAUCUACGUCCCGAGUCAAAUCACCGACACUAUCAUCAGCAACAUUUCUUUCUCCGCCAUCAUCCUCAUCGUCAUCAACAUCUUCGUCAACAUCAAGCACAACAACUAGUCUUCGUAUCGAUUGUGACAUCAAAACUGAAACAAUGGAUACAUCUACAACAAAAAGUCAAAAUCAACAACAAACAUUAGCGAUAUCGAGAGCGUUUGAUAAUCUAGCAAAAGCUGCCUCUCAUUUGCGGUCGAAUAGUACGACAAAUCCAUUAUCUCUUGCCCAGCAACAACAUUUGUUCACCGAAAAACGUUAUUGGGAACAAGUUGAACGUCCAUUAGUCACUGAUAAAACCAGUAAAUUUAUCAUCACACCACCAACAAAUCACGAUUUUCAAGAUGCUCAGUUACUAUUACCGACAAGUAGUUUCAUCUGUGAAUCAGCGUCACGAAUUCUCUUUCAAUCGAUCGAUUGGAUCAAAAACCAUGCCUGUUUUCAAACACUUGAAGCACAAAUGCAAAUCGUUCUUUUACAAAACCAUUGGCUGCCUCUAUUCAUUUUGAGUUUAUUGCAAUGUUCACCGACAAUUAGUUUAGCCAAUAUUCUCACAACGUUACUUGCGAAAAAAUUAGUUAAUAACGAAUCAAAUAAAUGGUUAGAGUUGCGUCGAAUUCAAUCACUUCUCUACGAAUUCGAUCGUUUACAUAUGACUGAUAUUGAAUAUGCUUAUCUGAAGUUAAUAGUUGUUUUAAAUCCGAGUAAUAGUACCGAGUGUAUUUCAUCUUACGAUCAAAUUGAUGCAUAUCGAAUGCUAACAUACAAAGAAUUGCACGAUUAUAUCAAUGAUCGAAAUCUUUCAACAUCGUAUGAAGAUUAUAGCAGCGAUAGUGAACGAUUAGGUCGUCUUUUGUUAAAACUACCUUCAUUAGCUGAACUUGAUACCAGUAUUAUUGAAGAAAUUUUCUUUGUAGGACUAAUUGGCUCGGUACAAAUUCAUAAAAUCAUUCCGUGUAUUCUUAAAAUGAGUGUCACAUCGUCAUCAUCCUUGUCAAAACAAAGUCUAUCACCACCGUUAAUAAAAUGCGAAAAGAGUGAACAACCAUCACAACAACAAUCACUGAUCUCGUCAUCAUUGUAA